GUUCUCUAUGUUUCCGGUAUUGUUUGCCUCACUCUGAUUUUCCUUGACUUUGGUGUCAGUUGACCUCGCCAUCAAGUUGCAGAUUUGACUGCACCCCUCCAGAGAUAAGCCAUGCCAGUAUUUUCUCUCAGAUUUUGUUUGUGUUUGCUGGGCGAGUACUACAGUUAGCUCACAGCCAUGUCAACGUGGCGCAGGCUGCACGUCAAAGCGCGGACGGCUCGCGGAUUACUCACCUCCGGACCGGUGACAGAGAGGCACACAUGGUUACACAGACAUUUACCUCUAUGUCAAAGCUUAAGCACAAGCACACCUCUGCGAAAUGACUUCUUCAAAGGUAGGAAACAUUCUGUGAAGAGUCCGAAAAGUGUUUAAUGGGUGCAUUAGCAAGCUAGUUCAGCUAACGUCCCAUUGAAGAUGAUACAUUUUACCGAUGAUUCCUCUAAAUACAACUAUAAGCAGAUUUAACACCCUAACUCAACCUUGCUAAUACAUUUUGACAGGUUCCUCCACAAUUCGGCUUGCAUGUUACCAACCAAACUGUAUUAAUUUUGGUUAGCCCUGAUGUUUCGUAGCAAAUAGUAUCCCAGUACACUUGUUUCAUUUGUCCGAGCGCAGUCGUAACUACGGCAACCGAUGACGAAUUGGGCAGAAAGUCGCCAGUUAGCACGGUCACCCUUCAUACCGAAACACCGGUAACUAAUUUAAACCACUUGGAGGUUUUGGUACCUUUUUACCAUAAGGGAGAGCUGGCCCAAGUCUCAAUGGGGCCCUAAGCAAAAUUUGAAUAUAUGGCCCUCUAUUUCUGCCAAUAAUAUUGAUUGUUGAUCAUUCACACACCUACUACAGUAUAGAUUUAAUGCGCCUGACAUGUCUUUACACAUUCAAGGGGGGGUAAGGGUAAUAACAUAAAUAAUACCAAUGCAACCAUACAAAGAAUACCAAUGACUGACUGAUGAAUGAUGUUCAGGGUGCCACAUAUGGUUUUUAAUCAAAGCGGCCUGGAGUGGAUUUUAACAUUCCAAGUGAUAAAGCAUUGCAUUAACUGUAAAAGUGUCAUUGACAGUAAGAAUCAUAGGCCUACAUCAGCAGCAGCACUUAAAUGUUUUUACUUUAUCUUAUUUUAACAAUAAUAUAUAUUUGAUCAUGCAGAAAGCAUCACUCAUUCAUGCAAAAAAUAAAAAAUAUUAUUUUUUGAUUGCUUUUGGUGGCCACGACUGGCCGUGGGGCCCUAAGCAGGGGCUUAGUUAGCUUAUGCCUGACAUAAGGUCCAAUUUAUUGAUCACAACCACUUUUAAACAAUCCGUUUAUUAUUACUAUUAUUUUGUUAAUUCAAUUCCAGUUUUGAAAUUACAAUGAAAAACUUCAUUUUAAAGUUUAGGACUAAAUUUGGCAUAAAGUGUUCCCAGACAUGAGGGGAAAACAGACUGACAAAAAAUCAGGUCCAAUGAAUUUAAAUUUACUGACAAAGUGCAGGCAACAAAUAAUAUAGAGUAACAUGCACAUUCAACUACAUGUAGAUUUCCACAAACACCAGCAUGUAAUAAUGCAAAUGUCUGCCUAGUUUUGAUAGUAGAGGUGUUAUAGAAUUGUCAGCUGAUGCCACAGAGAGGAUUCUGAGCUUGAGUAAAUGUGAAGAGGAAUGACAGAGAAAUAAGAGUUUCUGUUCUUCUGCUCAGACCUGGAGGCCCAGCUGGCAGCCAUGAGGAAGAAAGCUGCAGACGCUCUACCAGGGAGCAACUGGAGCCCCUUCGAGAUUAACCCGAACCUUCCACCUGAGAGGGCCGACAUUGUUAUCGUUGGAGGCGGUGUGGUGGGCUGGUCCGUCGCCUAUUGGCUGAAGAAGAAAGAGAUGGUUCGAGGAGGAGUAAAAGUUGUGGUGAUUGAGAAGGACACAACUGUGAGCGAGCGACCUUUGAAUUAUCAUUAUUAUUUAUGUCUGCAUUCUCAGUGUUGUCAUGUUGACUUCUUCCAUCUGAAUGUUUCUUUUCAGUACUCGAAGGCGUCCACUGUGCUGUCUGCUGGAGGGAUCAGACAGCAGUUCUCCUUACCUGAGAACAUCUACCUCUCCCUCGUCUCUGCAUUUUUCAUGAGGAACAUAAAUGUAAAUCACCACGACUUGAAAUACAUAAUUUACUGUCACAGUGUCAAAAAGUGAACACAAGGGGCUUCACAGAGGUCUGAUUUGUUGUGAGUUUGUUUUUCACUUUAAAAACUCUCUGUGCCCUCCCAGGAAUACCUUGGUGUGUUGAAUGAAGACCCAAUAGACCUGCAGUUCAACCAUUCAGGAUACCUCUUCCUGGCCAAUGAAGACGUGGCACACAUCAUGGAGGAGAACUACAACACCCAGCUGUAUUAAUCUCUUUUUACUCGAGGGGAUCACAAUUUCAUGGUUCCUCCUGUGGAAGGUGUCUAAUUAAUGAUCUUAUAUGUGAUUCCAGGGAUGCUGGAGCCAAAGUCAAACUUCUGUCUCCGACACAACUGAAGGAUAAAUUCCCAUGGAUUAACACAGAUGGUGUGGCCCUCGCAUCAUAUGGUGAGAACUAAUGAUAAACAAGUCGAUGCAUUUCCUCCAUUUGUGUAGAUAUGCUAGGACCUGCCUGUCAAAUUGGCCUUAUAACAGCAAAAAGUGCAAGAUAUGGACAAGGGUGUCGAAAUGCUUGUUUUUUGAACAGAUUUUAUAAGUUUUACAUCAAAAACAAGAGAGCACAGAUUUUUCCAAAUUGCUGAAAAAAACAUGAGAUGCUAACAUUUACCUUUUUAUGAGUCAGUUCAAAUAUAGCGUGUCAAAGGGAAGAUGUAACAAUGACUUGUUUAUACAGACAAAGUGUAGGCGUGAUUAACCACAACUUAGGCAUGCAAAGAGUGCUCUGUCCACAGGGGGCGCCAAAGUGGACACAAACUGAAAGUUCCUCACUGGAGCUUUAAGAAGUUGAGAUGUCCACGGCUCUUUGUGAAAAUUUUAAAUUUUGCUCUCUUUAACUCAAUUUUAUGAAAGUCAUUUCCAAGGUGAAACAAAGCAUUUAACAACACCUCGGCUUUAAAUUCAACCCCUAAGUCCUUUUCCCACAAUAUCCAAGUUCUCUUAACAUUAACAUGUUUAACUGGAUGUAAUUAAUCACAAAAACAAGACAUAAAUUUCCUGUUGUUAAAGGCAUCAAAAUUAUGUGGAACCGUUCAAUUACUCAACAGUGGUAACAGUGGUUGGUCUUUUUUUCAAAAUACUCUUCAAUAUCAAGUGACUUCAGACCAUACAAUAUUCAGAAGUAAAAGGAAGUUUCUGGAAAGUGCUAAAAUAAAAAAAAAAGAAAUGGAUCUACAGUCAUAUCUUCAACCUAAAAGUGACACAGGCAAAAAGGAAAGAGGGAAGCAGCGGUCAAGUGACAGAGACAAAGUUAAAGAGCGAAUGGUGAUGAAAACAAAGUAAGGAAACAAAAGAAGACGGUGUGUUCUAGUCAUUGAACAGUGUUAAGAACCUAUACACCAGAUUACAACUAUUGGAUAGAGGGUUUGGUAUCUGUGUGUGUGUGUGUCUGGUAAGUCACAUACUCUUUCUCAAGCACUUACAGCUCUUGAUUUUCCUCACGUGAACCUGUAGGGUUGGAGAACGAGGGCUCGUUCGACCCCUGGACUCUUCUCAACGCCUUCAGGAGAAAAGCCAUCUCUAUGGGAGUUAUUCAGUGCCGUGGAGAAGUUACAGGUUUGUCAUACAACUGGUCCCCGCCGGACUUUGUUAAAAUACCACUUUUCUGCACUGAUACAUCACAGACACAGAGGAACAGUAUGUUAACCAGCUGCAUAUUUCAGCACUGCAGUGUUGACCUACCUGCCUGCCUCUGCUUUUCUGACUCUCUCUCUCUGAUUCUGUUUUUUGUGUCUGAUUACAUUUAUUACUUCCAGACCACUGAGUUCAAUGUAAUGCUGAUGAUUGUUUGUUGUGUUGAACAAACUACAAGCAUGUGCUCUUUUGUGAAUCCAUCCAAACCAACAAGAAACUUGUGAGAGAAGGUUAUUCAAAGCACAGUAUUCAUGAGCUUUGAGUCUCUCUGUUUCCACCCAUGAUGUGAGAAAAAUAAAAACAUGAAAAGUUUGAUUAGUACAUCAAAAUGUGGGUAAUUAAUCUGGAUGAUUUCAGCUAAAUCAUUAUAAAUAACACUUUUCCUAACAAAGUGAAAGCUACCUGUUAUUUACAAAAUUGUGGGAUUCUGUGGAAUUUAAAGGCUUUUAAAGUCUUUCAAAACCUGACCACUUUUAAUAAGGUCUGUUUCUGAGUUUGUCUGUUGGAGUCAUUUUGAUAGUAUAACAAACUUUUUGCUUCAGCAGCUCUGAAGUUGUAGUCAUCGGCAGUGAUUUGUACGAAGUUUAACACAGAGAGAUGUUGAAAAUUGUCCCGGAUGGACUUCAAAUAUUGUGACUGUGCAGCUUUAUCUUUCCCGUAUGAAUUGGGAAAAAAAAAUCAGAUGUAUAGUCAUCAGAAUAGAGUCGAAGUCAUCUUGGAUCUUGUUUCUUUUUCUUGCACAGAUAUAAACUACACUUCACAGUUGCUGAGGAACAUGGAUGGUGACCAAGUAGAGCUCAGGAGAAUCAAAUCUGUCAAAGUACGUGAAUCUACGAUGCUGGAAAGUUACUUUGAGUAUAUGAAAACACUUUAAAGUUUAACAUACCUUCAAAGUUAGAGACGUUAUUUUUCAUUUUUACUCUGUAAUUUGACUAAACUCAUCACUUCAUGUCUGUUUUUAUGAAUUGUCUGUGAUCAAUGUCGGUUGCUAUCUCUUUAUUAUGUGUUAGGACUUUGCAAACCAGCUACAAUUUUUCCUCUCUCAUAUUCUUGGUGUUUUUGGAAAAUAGUCGGUCUCAUCAUUUCCACGAAGCACCGAAAAUUUAACUAAACACACGUUUUAGCUGUUGGACUCUGUAGAUGAUGAGUUUUGUUUUAGUGUCUUUAGGAAAACAGACUGUACUCAGAGUUGAUGUGUUGUGUCGAUGAUGGGAUUAUGUGUUGUGUGGAGCAGGUGCAGAUGCCUAACAGCCUGGAGUACCAGCCAGUGGAUUGUGCCAUUGUUGUGAAUGCAGCAGGAGCCUUUUCUGGUAAACUGGCAGAGAUGAUGGGAAUCGGUUACGGCCCCGAAAACACCAUCGCUGGAGUCCCUUUCCCCGUCGAGCCUCGAAAAAGGCAAGCGGCAGAUUUUCUCUUCAAAAAAAACAGCUGCUGGCAAACAUGGAGUUUUCAGUGAAAGAGGCUGUUAGUGCCUCAUACGGCGCCGUUCAUCAGUCUGACAGUUUCAUUUGGACUAUGAAGUCCAGUUAAUUAGAAAACUGACCGUCACUAUUGCUCUGACUGACAGCUUUGGUUUAAGGGUGCUAACUUCCAGUCAUACUGAAAUAUAAGACCUGUUGGUGUCAGGUCCUGGACCCAGUUUUGAUGCAGUUUGUUUUUUGUUUUGACUGGCCUUUUAACUGGUUAUCUUUAUGUUUUUUUUAAUUUUUAUGAACUUUAACAAUAAUACACAUGAUUUCAGCUGAUGAUAUUGCAGGCAGAGAGCUUCAAAUGACUUAAAUUUAUGGAGAGAUUGUGCCAUGCCGCCUAUUUCAAGCUGUAACUUUGAACAAAACCUGGUUGUGAGUUCAGAGUAAGUUAUUAUGGUGAGCUAGUGAAGUUAGAGGGGAGCCAGAUUUGUCUUUAGGCCUGGCAGACUCUCUAAUCCAUCUUUGUGAUAUACCCUCAGGUUCAAAAUGUCAAGAAAUGACUCCUACGUCUUGUUUUAUGUACAUUAAACCUGGACUAAAGAAGAAACCCUGAGGGAACAGUUUUUACUCUGAUGUCUUUCAUGCCACACCUCCUUUUACUAAUAAAAAAAGUGUGGCUGGAAGUGUCAGGAACUCUUGGUUUGCUCUGAAGGCAAAGAUCGAAUGUGUCACUCGCUGUUGGAAAUGUAAAGACAGGUUGUUUCUAUGGCGUGUUGUCAUCCCAAAAUAAUAAUGUCAGCAUUAUCAGUCUUUAGAUCAUCUGUGCUUUACUGAUAAGGCAGAUAUCAUCCAAAGAGCAAACUCUUAACAAUACUGUCUUUCAGGUUUGUCUAUGUAGUCCACUGUCCGAAUGGUCCAGGUCUUGACACUCCUUUUCUGAUCGAUUACUCGGGCGUUUACUUCAGGAGAGAGGGGUUAGGAGGGAAUUUUAUCGCUGGAGCUUCGCCUGAGGAGGUUUGUGAUCUUCCAAAGCUGUUUGCAUUUUCCUUUUUUUCUUAUUUUUCCAGAGAAACACACUCAACCAGAGAGAAACUGUACGUGUGUUUACUUUGUGUGUCACAGUCAGAGGAGCCGGACACCAGUAACCUGGAGGUGGAUCAUCAGUUCUUUGAGGAGAAAAUCUGGCCCAGUUUGGCCAACCGUGUUCCUGCAUUUGAGAAACUGAAGGUACAUGUUUGAAAACAUCAGACCUAAUCCAGUGACAACUUCUUGAAGUUUUUGUUUUUUUUCAUAAAAUCAUGAAGAAAGAUGUUGGAUUCAUGAACGAGCCUUAAACAGCACUUUAAUGUAUCUUAGCAAAGUCCCAUUUAGAGCUAAUCCAGAUUCUGUCCAGAUGGGACUAAGUUACUGGAUAGUGAAGAGGAUAUAUAGAGCGCGAUUGAUCUUAAUAUCUACAAUAAUCUUUUAUAAACAAGCCGAUGAUCAGCUGUGACACAUCCUGAGUCAUUGUUCUGCUUCCCUCUCUCAGGUGAGCAGUGCCUGGGCCGGUUUCUAUGACUACAACACCUUCGACCAGAACGGCAUCAUCGGCUUGCACCCUCUCAUCCCCAACAUGUAUUUCGCCACUGGUUUCAGCGGACACGGCCUGCAGCACUCUCCUGGGGUGGGUCGUGCUGUUGCAGAACUGAUCCUGGAUGGGAACUUUCAAACUUUGGACUUGAGCAUGUUCGGCUUUCGACGAAUUCUAGCGCAGGAACCGAUGUUGGAGAAGAACAUCGUAUAGAAAAGCCUGGACCUUUUUUCCUGUCUUAUUUUUGGAGUCAAAGCUAUUUUUAUUUCUGGUCUUUUCUUUGAAAGGUUUAAUCUGGAUGAGUACGCCACAGAUCAUAAUUCCCCUUUUUGCCACCAACACUGAGCUCAUUUAGUUUACUUUUGUCCCACAAAGGUUCUCAGCCAUUUAGAUCCUGAUCCUGAACCCCCUAAGACUUCUCUAGUUACAAACGUGAGAUGAAGUGUUGGGAUCAAUAUUUGAAUCACUGUUGUCCCAGUCUUGAAAACAUGAAUUAGAUGAACCUGAUCUAGGUACAGAUUUAAACCAAAUCUGGAUCAGUGGUGCUCGAACUAAGAUGAUGCACUGCAGUCUUUGUCCACAGGGGGUGCCAAAGUCUAAAUGAACCCAUAGAGCCAGACAGUUGCUUUCAACUUAAGGUGACCAUACAUCCUCUUUUACCCGGACAUGUGCUCUUUUUUGGGGGCUGUCCGGCUUUGUCCGGGGAAGUUUAUAAAAUUCUUCACAUGUCUGCGGUUUUGUACGCAAGUUUCCGAUUUUGUGUCACAUGGACUUACUGAGUUAGAAGUGUUUAAAAGACACUCGAUCCAACUCGAAAAACUCUCAAAAUUAACCUUGAUGAAGGGAAGUCAGAAUAUGGUCACCCUAUUUUAACUGAAUAUUUAGUUUUUGAUAUUAACAAUGAUUGAGUCCAUAUUCAUAAUGACCUUAUCUAGAAUUUAACGAUUAACACAUUUGAGAACAAAAAAGUCGAAAGAUUUUACAAAAAUCAGCAAAAUUUGUAGAUACGCCAUAACAAGUUCAAGUCAACAUGAACUUGAGAUGUCAUCAUGAUACAAGAUAAGAAAUUAAAUCACCUGAUUUUUUAUUUUUUUAUUUUUUGGGGGGGCGUUUUUGCCUUUAAGCUGAAAGGACGUUAGCAACUGUUGCUAUAGAGGACACCAUUUACUGUAAAUGGAGUACAUGCGUAAAAACCCUACGCCAGAGUAACACCCUCUGUCAGUGCGUAAUUUUGGACAACCGAGCAGAAAUUAAUCAUCAAGAUCCGAGAGAGUUAUUAUCUCUACAAUGAACAAACGGAGGAUAAGAGACUGUAGAGGAUGUUGAUGUAGAAAAAAGAAAGACAGAGAGCCUGGACAGGUGUAAAAACAAUAAGAUAGUGAUUAUCUUGAAGUCUCCCUAAGGUUUUGAGCUGUGUUACAGUGAGUGAGAAGCCUUCAAACAGAGGAAACUGUUUAUGAAUACUGGAAAUAGGAGCCAGCUCUUCUCUGGAAAUCGUUCACUCAAGGGGGAAAUCAAAGAAAACACCUUUCCUACUUCUGUGGAGCCGAAAUCCUGAUUCAGACUUCUGGUGAAUCUGCUGGUGCUGAUGUAAAAUUCAGCUGAAGUGGAUCAGACCAAACAUUUCAAGGAACUUAAGAGGGGUUUAUGUAUUUAUUGUACAUAGUAAACUCUGUGUGUUUCUGUAAAUGAUGAGCAAAAGCCAUACACUUUGCUGACGCACACUGUAUUUAAAAAUCUCUCCUGUGAAUUCUGGUACUUUUUUAUGGUUUGACAUCCUGGAUAUCAACACUUACGCUGUGGUGUGUGAGGUUUCUCUUCUAAGGAAUGAAUCUUUUAUGAAUAACUUCCAUAUUAAAACGGAAAUUUCAAAUGGCAGGGUCUUCUUUUCAUGUCUCCACCAGGUAUCUCUGCUCUUACAGUUGAGAUUUCAGAUUAUCUUUAUACUUGUAUUAAAGUAAUAUCUUCAUGUACCGUACUGUAAUAUAUACCUAUGUCUUCAUUUUGAAUUUGAACUGCUGAAUCUAAAUAGCAUUAAAAUAUCCAACAACUUCUAAA